AUGUCCAUUCUGGGCAAAGGGGGGCUCGCGACGGUUGUCAAGAUAUCAGACGAAUACGCUCUGAAAAUCUUAUCUGAAUCACGGGCGGCUGAUGAGGAAGCUGUGAUUUUGGAGACGCUUGGACUGAACUCAACUGUCGUUGGUUUUUAUGGACGGCUGGGCGAAGAUUGCGGGGCAGGCUCUCGAAAUGCAGCACUGUUGCUGGAGCUGUGCCAAGGAAGCGUGGGUGAUCUCCUUUCCAGGCUGGCUGGCCAGCAAUACAUCGUGAUGAUGAUAAAUUGUGUGGCGCAGCUACACAGCCGCGGCGUUAUUCACCAGGUUGGUGGAAAAAGGGAGGGCGAAAACUCGCCCCAAGACGUAACGCGGCGGCCUAGCGAACGUAAUAGCCUUGCCCUUCAGGACAUAAAGCCGAGCAAUUUUUUGUUCGGCCGGGACGGCUCCGUCAAGCUCUGCGACUUCAACCUGUCCCGAAUGGCCAGCGACCCGACCCGGCCUGCAAGCGGCGGUACCCUACUUUACUUUUCCCCACAAAAAUUCAGCAACAUCGAUGAUGGCUACGCAGCAGACUGGUGGGCCUUGGGUGUGACCCUCUACCAGCUGCUGUACGGCCUGCAGACAUGGCCCUUCAGCUCCCGAUCAUUGCAGCGACUGGGGAAGCUGGUUCCGGAGCAACAGCUCAUGCUGGUACGGAAGGCGGUGAUGAAGGGGGACAUCAAAUUCAGGGCCUUAUCUCUGGGCCUUCCCCGAGCUGCGCGAACACUCAUCCGGGGGCUGCUGCACCCGCAACCUGAGCUCAGAUGGAGUUUGCUUCACGUGUUGGGGGGGGACUACCCCACGGACCAGGCCUUCUCAGCGGUGGCACUGAGGUACCCCCACCUGGCUCACGACAUGGAGAAACUGCUGCAACAACAACAGCAGCAGCAACAAGAGCAGCAACAGCAGCAGCAGGCCCCUUUGUGGGCCCCACCCUGGAGGUUUGACCUAAUAGGGCCCAGCAGUGGGGUUGGGGGGCGGCGCGGGAAGCGGGCGGAGGAGGCUCCACUAAGGCAGGCAGGCGGCUCGUGUCGGCCGCUACUGGCCCUGGGCAGUUGCCUGAUGGCACCCAGGACGAACGACCACAACUACCCCCGCAAUUACUACCAUCACCACCACGGCCAUGACCGCUGUAGACAGGACAGCGCCACCGCCAACCCUAUCACCACCACGACCAGCACGAUAUUAGCAAACUUGAACACCAACAUCAACAACAACACUACCACCACCACCACCACCACCAACAACAACAACAGCACCAACAGCAACAGCAACAACAACAGGAGCAGCACCAGCGACAACCAGCACCUCAGGCGGUCCUGCAGCUCUCAGACGAUGGCGGCGUGCCUACCGCUCUCCUCAGUGCUGCCGCCGCCGCCGCCGCCACCCCCGAAGCGGCCGCUGGGCCCCCUAGACGACCUCUACCCCGCGGACCAGCUACAGACAGCCGCUAAUGCCAACGAACAACAGCAACAGCAGCAGCUACUACCGCCUUACAGGUCGCCAUCGCUAGCACCGCGGGAUAUCAAUGCAGCGCCACCGGCACCUUCGCCGCCGCCGGCAACGGCAGCAACAGCGGCGGCGACAGCAGGGGUCCCUUUGCAGCCUUUCCCCGUGUGUUUUGGCGGGGCUGGUGCGAUGUGUUUUGGGGGAGCUGGCGUGAGGUCGACGGCGGCGGCGACGGCGGCGGCAGGGGAGCUCUGCUCAGUAGGUGGCGGCGGCUUGCCGCCGACGUCGCAUACCGACGCGGCGGCGGCGGCGGCGACAUUUGGAUCUACAUCGCCGCUGUGCCCGACACCAUCACCACCGAAAAUGCAACACCCGCCGUUUUUAUCGCGAUGCCGCGGGCGAGUCGAUCGUGGCGGCUGCGGCGGCGCUACCGCUGAGGCGUUUCAGCCUGAGGAGCAGGACGAGGAGCUAGUGGAGGGCUUUGCGGAGGCGGCAGCGGGACGCAGCAGAUUGUUUGUCAACGUCCUCGACAGACGCGAUGCUUGUAGUGGUGGGGUUGGCCGCAGCGGCGGCGGGGGUGUGGGUAGUGGCCGGGGAUCCUGCGGCGGCGGCGGCGGCGUCAGCGGGGGCAGGUGUCUCGCGGGGGCGAUUUUCAGCGCGGCGGCGGUACGUAAGGCCCUGCAGCCGCCGCGAUCCGACACGGAGGUGCGCGCCGCCGCCGCCGCAGCGGCGGCGACGGCGGCGGCGACGGCGGCGGCACCGUCGUCAUUGGCAUCGACAUUACUGACGCCAGACGGCCGGCUGGUGGCGGCGGCAUUUGUACCUUGCGAGAUUCGAACUCACGCCGCAGACCUUGAGGCUGUUGUUUGCCAGGCGCUCCUCCUGGCAUCGUCUAACGGCCCGACGGAGCUGUCCGUUACUGCGGCCGCUGCUGCUGCUGGCGGUGCCGCCGGGGCCCUGGCUGUGCAUUCGCGCCUCCGAGUGCUAGGCGGCGGAACGGGCGGUGGUCCGAGUUACGCUGCCGCACAAGCCCGUCGUAGUGAAGGCGGAGGUCAAAUCCAGGGAGUGGAGGUGCUUGAGGAGAUGCGGUUGAUGCUCGAGUGCCGGCGCCUGAAAUCUAGAUGCGCUUCCGCGACGACGACAUGCGGCACCAACAACCAUUACCGAAACCAGGAUAACAACAACAACAACAACAACAACAACAACAUCAACAACAGCUUUGGCCGUAAUGGCAGUAGCAACAGCGACAACAACAACAAUUUCAAAAAGGACAGCAGAGGCAUCAGUCACAGCAGCAGUUUAUUGAACAACAAGGAUACGGGGGGAUCCACCAGCUCCCAAGUCGUACGGUCGUACAGUCCGUUGCCGUACGCUGUGGCGCCACUGCCAGGCAGCGGCACCACUGCCACCGACACAACUUGCCGUUAUCGCAUGCGUGCGGAUGAGGAGGAGACAGCCACGGUGCUGAAGCUUACACCACCGGCGGCUGAAGCGGCGACGGCGGCUGAAGCGGCGGCGGCGGCUGUAGCGGCGACGGCGGCUGAAGCGGCGACGGCGGCUGGGUUUGGCAGUACUCCAAGAGGUACGGUUGGAGGCCUGCAGAUCGUCGCCGCCGCCGCAGCAGCCGCCGCUGCUACUGCUGCUAUGGCUGCUGCCACUAACCGGCCUGCUCGCGGCGUAGCGACUCACCACAAGAGCGUCUCAAUGGGUGGGGGGACAGGAGGAGGAGAAGUAGCGGCAGUAGCGAGGCGGCGACCGGCGAGCAGUAGCGUCGGCGGGGAGAUGGAACUGGAGUUGUUAGCAGAAGCAGCAGUUGCAGCAGCGACUUCAUACGGGACGGAUGAGCGUCUGCGCGCGCGGAGUCGUCUGCACCUGCCCGCACCAAGGGCCGUCACAGCGCGCCCCAUUAGCCGUCUCCACACAGAUUGCAGCAGUGCUACUGCCAGUAACCGUUUCCACCGCCGCAGUAGUGGCGGUAGCAGUAGUGGCGGUAGCAGUAGUGGCGGUAGCAGCCCCGUGCAAUUAUCGCCCAGGUGCGGCACGCAGCAGGGUGCCGCCGGCCGAGUACUGCCGUUCUCGCCCUCGCCCUCGCAUUCGCAUUCGUUCCUGUCUGCUGCCGUCCCUAAAGCUCCUCCGCCCCGGGCGGCGGCGGUUCCGUGGGAGGAGGGCGAAAGAGCGCCCUGCGAGGGCAGUAGCAACAGCAGUAGCAGCAUCAGACGGGCUGCACCAGGCUGCGAGUGGGGUUCGCCACGGGCUGUAGCAAGGAGACCUGUAGCGGGCGCGGGUGGCGUUGGCGGUGAGUCGGCAGCGGCGGCGGCAGUAGUCUGGGAGCGCGGCGGCUCUAGUGCUAACGGAGCGAUACGACAGCGGGUGCAGGUUUGGGUACCUGGCAGCGGCGACGGCGACGGCGGCGACGGUGACGGCGCUCGGAGAGCUGACGAAGUGGCGAGAGUAGCAGCGUCACUGGUGCCGUACACCUCCUCAAACCCGGUACCAGGUUUUGAAUUCAGCGCAUCGGCGUCAGGUGGCGGGAUGUCCGCGUCACGCAACUCGUCUUUCGCUGCUCCUGCGGCCGGAGCUACGGCUAAGGCUGCAGCAGUAGCAGGGGCAGCCUCGGCGGCAGCCGCAGCAGCGGCUGUGGCGGUGGCGGAGGCAGAGGCAGUAGCGACUGUGGUGGUGGCGGUAUUUUCUCUGGGCGGUAUGGAUGCGAAACGCAACGAGGAGAUGGCGGCGGAGUGGCGGGGGCCCAGUCUGUUUCCCGCAGGCGGCUUGCGGCGUGUGUCAGCGCCAGAGGCGGUAUUGGUGGUGGUGGCGAGCCCGGCUGCACAGCAGUGGCGUCGAGCAGUCACCGCUUCCACCACCACAACCACCACCACUACCGCCAUCGCCACCGUCGCCGCCGCCACAGUCAGCACCUCCCCAGCCUCCUCACCUGCCAGCCGGGGGCUUACAUCGCGGGGAGGAGGCCUCGUGCGUUCCUCCCGUUCUCGAGGCGGCGGCAGCCCCGCGACCACGGCCCUCCCCGCAUCGCUCGGGCCGCUCCCCCCGGGGGCUGCUGUGGUGAAGGAUGGCAGGGGAGGGGACGGUCAGGUCCUCAGGGGAGGGGGCUUGGGGACGGCUGUCGGGGCGGCGGCCCGUGACCGAAGCCCCACACCGACCGCUGAGUUGGGUGACGGUGGUGGUGGCGAAGAAGGCUGCGAGAGGAAAGCCGCGGUGCUGCGGCGCGCGGUGGAGACGGCUCGGAGCUAUGGUGGCGCUGGACGUCGCGGCCUAGGCUUGGGUGGUAAUAGUAGUAGCAUUAGCAUUAACAGUAGUAAUGGUAAUGGUAAUGGUGGUUAUGGUAGUGGCGGACGUGGCGGCAGUGGUGGUGGAGUUAGUGGCGGUGGUGGUUUCGCUUCGUUGCGUGGUACGUUGAGUGCUGGUGGCGGUAGCGGCAGCACACCCAGCGGCAGUAGCAGCGCCAAUCGGCUUUGGUCUUCCCAGAAGCGGAUGUCCUCGCGGAGGGCUGUCAAGCAGGGCGUCGCUUGA